AGGUUUCACCUGGGGAUGUGUUGGAGUGGCAGCGGAUGUUGCUAGACUAGGGUAGAUCUAUGCAUGCCAUGUGUCUACCACUCGAGGGAGGAGGUUGCGGCGCACUGGUUUCAGAUGCUUCGCGACGGUGAGAAGGGGGUGCGCCACGCGUCGGGAGAGGACGUGGACGUGAUGUACAACACGGGGAACGGCUGGAGGUCCGUGACCCUCGCAGAUCCUGAGGAUUCGAAGGCGCUCUGCGCCCUCAGCGAGGAGUUCGUCCGGAGACGCACUCAGCCCUGUUCGCCAGGGAGUACAAAUCGGUCGACCACAAGACCUGGUGCCAGUACCUCGGUCUGCACGCCGAUAUGGGCAAGCGCGCGCAGGUGACCCGGGACAGCACCUCCAAGCACGUGGGGCAGGCAUCCAGGUACAACUUCCAUGCGGUCUACGCCAGCGGCGCCGCGCGCGCGUCGGCCGCGCGCGCGCCUUCGGCCUUCGGCAUGCCCAGAGAUGGAGGGGGGGUGGCCCCCCGUCGCUGAGUGCGGUGCGACAGCAGCG